UUCACUUGCAGAAGGAGAGCAAUAUUUAAAGAUUAUCUAUUUAUUUUUUCCCUCUCUCAAAUCUCAACGACAUCAUCUGCAGAUUCACAUACAAAAACGAGAAGCACCUCCUUUUCUCCGUUGACAAAGCAAAACUAAGCUCCCAAACAAGCAUGCUGAUCCUCCUUUUCUUGGUGACGACACUGCUAAACUUUCAAUCCAGCGUCCUUGCUGCUACUAAAUUUAGCAGAAAUGACUUCCCUUCUGGCUUCAUUUUUGGUUCUGGCACUUCUGCUUACCAGGUGGAAGGUGCAGCUAAUGAAGAUGGGAGGAGUCCUAGCAUUUGGGAUACAUUUGCUCACGCUGGAUAUGGACAUGGAGGAACCGGAGAUGUAGCCUGUGAUGAAUAUCACAAAUACAAAGAAGAUGUACGACUCAUGGCGGGAAUAGGCUUAGAUGCAUAUAGGUUUUCAAUCUCCUGGUCAAGGCUUAUACCAAAUGGAAGAGGGUAUGUUAAUCCAAAGGGUUUGGAGUACUACAACAACCUUAUCAACGAAUUGAUCAGUCAUGGAGUUCAACCACAUGUUUCAUUGUAUCACUAUGAUCUUCCACAGGUUCUUGAAGAUGAAUAUGGAGGUUGGCUUAAUCGAACUAUCGUGAAAGACUUCACAGCUUAUGCUGAUGUCUGCUUUCAAGAAUUUGGAGACAGGGUUUUGUAUUGGACUACUCUGAGCGAACCUAAUGCCUUUGCUCUUGAAGGUUACGAUGAAGGAGUUUGUCCACCCAGGAGAUGCUCACCCCCCUUCGGGACCAAUUGCUCUGGGGGAAACUCUUCAUCUGAGCCAUACAUUGUAGCUCAUAAUAUGUUGUUAGCACAUGCUUCAGCUGCAAGGCUGUAUGAGAAACAAUACAAGGCCAAGCAACAAGGAUUUGUAGGUAUUAGCGUAUUCACAUAUGGAGUUUCUCCAUUAACAGAUUCAAAAGAGGACAAAAUCGCAGCUGAAAGAGUUCUUGACUUCUCCAUUGGUUGGAUUUUACAUCCCUUGUUUUUUGGUGAUUAUCCUGACAUAAUGAAGAAAAUUGUGGGCUCAAGAAUGCCGGCUUUCAACCAUACUGAAUCCGAACAUGUUAAGGGCUCCUGUGAUUUCAUCGGAGUUAUACAUUACACCACAAUGAAGAUCAAAGACAAAUCCAGCAGUUUGGAACUGAAAGAAAGAGAUUUCUAUGCAGACAUGGCUGCAGAACUUAUAGGAAAUAAUGAUCCUUCAUCUGGUAAGUUCCCUUCCAUGCCUUGGGGCCUUGAAGCACUUCUGGAGUACUUUAAGCAAACUUAUGGCAACCCCACUAUUUACAUUGUUGAAAAUGUUUUGGCAGGUCAAGUAACAUUGCGAAAUUCAUCUUUGGAAGAUACUACGAGGGUCGAGUAUUUGCAUGCAUAUAUUGGGGCUGUGCUUGAUGCUGUUAGGAAUGGAUCAAACACAAAAGGGUACUUUUCGUGGUCCUUCUUGGAUUUAUACGAGUUGUUGAGUGGUUAUCAAGCAAGCUACGGAUUAUUCUAUGUUGAUUUCAAGGAUCCUGAUUUGAAGAGAUACCCUAGACUCUCUGCAUACUGGUAUUCCCAUUUGCUCAAAGGAACAACUGUUACUGCUAAUGGAUUCUCUCAGCUUCCAGAUAACUCCUCAAGCUCGCUCUCAUGGUUUUAGCUUACUACUGUAAGGCUGUGUUUGGUUGUUCAUACGGGUUAACUUGGAACUUGACUGUCACUGCUUCUGAAUUUUUUGUAUAGCAUUUGACAGGACAAGUAUGUUAAUCUUCUGAAAUUAGAAAAAUCU